AUGCCUGCCUCAAGUAGUAGGGUUCUCCAAUGGCUAAGCCUUGUGGGCGUAAUUUGGCUCCAAUCCAUCAACGGCACCAACACAAACUUCCCCGCCUACUCCUCCCAACUCAAGCACGCCCUCUCCAUGUCCCAACUGCAACUCAACAACCUCGCCUUCGCCUCCGACGCCGGGAAGCUCUUCGGUUGGUUCUCGGGCCUCGCUGUCGCCUACCUACCCCUCUGGCUCGUCCUCAUCAUUGGCUCAACCAUAGGGUUGGUCGGUUACGGUUUCCAAUACCUCUCCAUAACAAACCAUAUCCCAACUCUCUCUUACUGGCAAGUUUUCUGCCUCACAGUCCUCGCCGGGAACAGCAUUUGCUGGAUCAACACCGUCUCCUACGUCGUCAGCAUUCGCAACUUCCCGCAAAACCGCCAAGCCGCCGUCGGCGUGACGAGCAGCUAUCAAGGACUAAGCGCGAAGAUCUACACGGACGUCGUUGGUGCUUUGUUUUCUUCAACAAAAACAGCAAAGGGAUAUCUUCUUCUCAACUCGGUUUUGCCCCUUGCGGUUUGUGUAAUAACUUCACCGUUUGUUAGAGACAUUGACGACAUUCAAAGGCUCAAGAACAACCAUAUGGACGCCGGGUUUGUUGUUCUCUUUGUGAUUACUAUAGUUACCGGUGUUUAUUCCGUGAUAAGCAGUUUAGGGUUGUUGGUGUCUAGUUCUGCCUUGAAUAAUGUUAUUGGAACUGGGGUUUUGCUUUUGGUGCCACUCGCCAUUCCGGUGAUGGCCAAAAUCAGAGAAUUGGGCUUGUUGGAGAAGUGGAAUUUGAAUAGGGAGAGAAGAGUUUGUGAUUUUACAAUUGAUGAAGAGAGUAAUGGUAUUAGAGUAGAAGAAGAUCAUGUUAUUAAGGGUGAUAUUGGUGUUAGAGAGGAGAUUGGAGUGAAGAAGAUGCUAGUAAGGCUUGAUUUCUGGCUAUAUUUUCUAGUCUACUUUUCUGGUGCUACAGUUGGUUUGGUGUUCUUGAACAACUUGGGACAAAUAGCCGAAUCUCGUGGGUCCUCUAGAACCUCUUCUCUAGUUUCUCUGUCUUCUUCGUUUGGGUUCUUUGGCCGUCUCAUGCCUUCUCUCCUUGAUUAUCACUUCUCAAGGAGAAAGUAUGUGGUUUCAAGACCGGCUUUAAUAGCGGUGUUGGUGGCUCCAAUGGCAGGAUCAUUUCUCUUGCUUCUCAACUCAACAAACCUCUCUCUCUACAUUAGUACGGCCAUAAUAGGGGUUUGUACGGGAGCAAUUACCUCGAUUUCUGUGUCCACAACACAAGAGUUAUUUGGUGACAAAAAUUUCUCCGUAAACCAUAAUGUCUUGGUUGUAAAUAUCCCGAUAGGGUCCUUUGUUUUUGGCUACUUUGCCGCUCUUGUUUACCGUAGGGAAGGAAAUGGAGAUGGGAAAUGCAUGGGAACGGAAUGCUAUGAAAAAACCUUUCUUCUUUGGGGCUUUAUUUGUUCUCUUGGGACGGUUUUGGCUAUUGUUCUUUACGUUCGAACAAGGAAGUUCUCUAGUUCACGCUGA